GAUUAUAUUUGGGAGUAAGGUACAUUAUAGGAAACGUCUUCCAGGUCGCAGCUAUUGUUAUUCGGAUAAAUUUAUCUGCCCACCUGAUAAUCGAGUUGUUCGACCUAAGCUAGAUGAAGCAAUGGAACGACUACGUUCUCAGUGUGACGAUAAUUCUGAUGGAAAAGUCAAUUGGUCUUUAUUUGCCACUGAUACAGAAACUGCGGCUCUACUACAUGCAUUCUCUCAAAACCAAGUGAGCUUAGAGAUCGAUGUCUCUGUAAAUCGAACGAAACGCUGGAAGGCCAGUUCGAUAUAUCGUACUAGGCAAUUAGGAGAUGACGCAUUAGAAAAUAGUGUGAAUGUGAUAUUUAAUUCACCAGUCUCACGUCAAAAGCCUGUUAUGAGAUCUUCAUCUCCAUCGGAAGAAUUUGUAGACUUGGUGCAGACCAAGGUUCAAGAAGCUGGGAUAGAUGGGAUUAAACCUUUGGACUUGGUGAAUGAUUUAUCAAAUCGAAUGAAUGGAGAAGAAGUUGGUGAAACAGUUGAAUACAUGAUGAAAACUGAACCACCUAAAUUAUAUUGGGUAAAUGAAAACGAAAAUCAAAACAUCAUCAUUUCAUCUGAUCAUUUAAUCAAUUGGGGUGAAAAGACUAAACCUGAAUAUGCAGAGAUUCAUUUAUCUUAUAUGAUUCCAAGAUUAUGGUAUGAUAUUUAUGGUGAGAUGGUCGAAGAGAUUUGGAAAAAUUCUUUAGAUCGAGUUGAAUACAUUAUUCAUAAUUUCCCAGGGUUAUCAAUGAGUGAAUUAGAUAGAUUAACAAAAACGCAUCUGAAUUCAUUAGAAAGAUCUGAUGUGUUAGAAGAAUUGAUGAGGACUGGUAGGAUUUCAAAUUCUCCACCUGGUCAAACUGCCAACAAACGUUGGAUUCGUGGGUUUAGUGAUGAUCGAUUUUGGAGUUUAUUUUAAAAAAAUGCAUUUAAAGAUUGAAACUUGUGAUUUAUAUUGAUAUUUUUGUGACGCUUAUGUAUAAUUGGCUUUUCGGUUGAUAUUGUUUAUAAGUUGUAAUUGAUUUUCUCAAGAAAAAGUAAAUAUAGAGUCUUCAGAAUUUUUCUUGUUGGUGAUAAAUUCAUUUGAGGUUUUCUUGACGAUUUUCUUAGUGGAUACAUACAUAUAUCAUUGAUACCUCUUCGGAAAAGCUACGAAUCUUAUUCAAGU